AUGAUUUCUUAUAAUUUACCAGAAUUAUCAUCAGAAUCUUUGAAUGAUAUAAAAAAAGAACCUCAUGAUACUCUUAUAGAAAUUUAUGACAAAAAAUCUAAUAAUGUUAAAGUUUUUAAUGCACAUUCAAACGUUCUUUGCAAUAGAUGUGAAUAUUUUAAGAUUGCAUUGUCUGAAAAAUGGGCAAAAAAAGAUGAUAAUAAGUAUAAGCUAAGAUUAGAAAUUUCUUGUGAUGCUUUUGAAAUAAUAUUUAACGGUAUUUGUAGUGGAACGAUUAUUUUAACAGAUCUAAACAUAACUACUUCAAUGGAGUUAUUAUUGGCUUCCGAUCUUCUUCUCUUUCAUGAGUUUCUCGAUUUUUUAAAAAUCAAAUUAUUAGAAAGAAAUAAAAUGGAUUGGGAAGAUAAUGAAAUUAUUUAUAUGUUAAAAGGUUCUUACCGAAUUCCUGCCCUGCAAGAUCUCUACUUAGUUUGCCAAGAUAUAAUAGCAGAAAGGCCAAUGAUCUUAUUUGAAUCUCUGGAAUUUUUAUCGAUUGAUGAGGAUUUAUUACUUUCCAUAUUGAAGUUGGACAUGAUUUCCUUGUCUGAAAUAUCGAUAUUUGAUAAUUUGAUUAAAUGGGGCAUCGCAAACACUCCAAAUUAUAAUACUAUAAAUGAUGAAACCUCUCGUGUAAAUGCUUUAGAAACUACUCUUGAAGAUGCAUUACAACUAAUUCGUUACAAUAAUAUUAAAGAUUCAAUUAUAGAAUAUAACCAAAUCUUACCUGAUAAAGAUGUUUUAUAUAAAAUUCCUCCUCGUGCUAAUUAUAUAGUUGAACCAAAAGUUAUUAGUAAUAGAUUUGCUGGAUUGAUCGUUUCAUGGAUUGAUAGAAAAGAUCCGAUGGAUUCUCAAUACACUGCUUUUAAUAGUCCAUUCAGAUUUAGACAUGUUUUUCGAAUGAAUGAUAAUUCAAAAUUCUCAACUCAACUUUAUAGAUUUCAUCAUUAUUCGAACAAGUUACCAACAAUUAAAUGUCAUGAGGGUCCUUCAUUAAUGAUAAUGAAACUUAAAAAUUCUGGAAAAUUCAUUGGUGCUUACAAUCCUAUUCAAUGGAAACAAGGUUCAGGUAGCUCUUGUGGUUCUACAUCUGAAAGCUUUAUUUUUACCUGUGAUGAUAAAUAUGGUUCAAAUUAUAGAUUAUGUAGAGUUAAGAACUUUGAUCAUGCUGUAUGUUUAGUAAGUGACUUUGGUGGCCUAUUAAAUUUCGGUGAAGAUUUAAUGUUUAAAUUUAAUAAAGAAAAUGUCAGUUGUCAUAUUAAGUGUAAAUUUUAUGAACAAACUACAUUACAAGAAGGUACAUAUGAAAUCGAAGAAUGGAAUGUUUAUAAAGUCAGAAGAAAAGAUGAUCAACCAAUGAGGGUAAUGACCAGAAUUACUAAUUCUCCCGUUGAAUCAAAGAUUCUUGAUAGUGACUUUUUUGGAAUGAUCUCAACAUGGAUUGAUAACAAAGAUCCUGAGAAAGAUCUGUACCUUAAAUCUAAUAUGCCAUUCGAAUUUACUCCUAUAUUUCGUAUGAAUGAUCAUACAGCUUUCUAUCCUAAACAAUUUUAUAAUCAAUCAACAAAUAGGUUAUUACCAACAAUGAAAUGUCAUCAUGAACGUUCAUUGAUGAUUAUGAAAUUAAAAACUGGAAAAAUUGUUGGUGCUUAUAAUCCCCUCGAUUGGACAUAUGGGUCAUAUCGUUAUUAUCCAACAGAUAUUGAAUACAGAUAUACAUCUGAUAGUUUUAUUUUUUCUUAUGAUCCAGAUGUGAAUGAUGGUGUAAAUUAUAAAUUAAGUCGUGUUUUAAAUUUUGAUAAAGCAAUCGGCUCUGAAAAAAUAUGUACUAAUAGAAAAGAUCUCAAUGGUUUAAUGUUAAGAUUUGGUAAUGAUUUAAGAUUCAUCCAUAACGGAAGUGUACGUCGGAAUGUUCAGGAUCAUGUCUUUUGCCAUAUAGCUCAGAAUGGUCAUUAUGAACAACCGGCCAUAUUACCUCCUGGAAAUUAUGAAGUUGAUCAGUGGGAAAUUUUUAGGGUUUCUAUAAAAGAUCAAGAAGCUUCAGAAGAGGAUUAA